UUCCGGACGCAGCCUUGCACACCCCCGGCUCCUCCCGGGGCUGUUCCACCCAGGCCGCGCUACCGGUCCCGGACUGGGAGCGAGGAGGCGCGGGCUGCGGGGGCCGAGCCGCCCCGGCGCAGCAGCCAAGCCGCGCCCGGAGGAGCUCGUGGAAGGGCUCCCGCCUGCAGCUGGGGAAUCCGCUGGCGGGGAGAAUCCGUGCCAGGGAAUCCAGCUCUCCGGACUCAAGCUGCAAACAAAAAGCUCAGGUCUUGCUCCCUCCCUCCACGCCCCCCCCCCCGCCCCCGACGCGCACCCGGAGAAAGUUCUGCAAAAAUGCAACAAGUAGCACCCGGAGCUCGCGGAGCGCCCUGCGCCUCCUGACUUGGCCAGGCAAAGCCCGCCUGCAGAGACCCGGGCCAGCCACCGGACAAAGGGCGGAGGAGGGGCUGGACGGCGCUGCGAAGUCCGAAAGAGGCCAUUUAGCGACUCUGGCCAGGCCAAGGGGAAUGCAGAGGAGACACAGAGCCGGCGGGCCAAGAGGACGAUCCGGCCGCAGAACGCAGGGCGGGCGGCGAUGGAGGCUGCCCGCGCCUUGCGCUUCCUGCUCGUGGUGUGCGGCUGCCUUGCGCUCCCGCCGCGGGCCCAGCCGGUGUGUCCGGAGCGCUGCGACUGCCAGCACCCCCAGCACCUCCUGUGCACCAACAGGGGGCUCCGCGCCGUGCCCAAGACCAGCUCGCUGCCGAGCCCGCAGGACGUGCUCACCUACAGCCUCGGCGGCAACUUCAUAACCAACAUCACGGCCUUCGACUUCCACCGCCUGGGGCAGCUCAGACGGCUGGACCUGCAGUACAACCAGAUCCGUUCUCUGCACCCCAAGACCUUCGAGAAGCUCUCGCGGCUGGAGGAGCUCUACCUGGGCAACAACCUCCUGCAGGCGCUCGCCCCGGGCACGCUGGCGCCGCUGCGCAAGCUGCGCAUCCUCUACGCCAACGGGAACGAGAUCAGCCGCCUCAGCCGCGGCUCCUUCGAGGGACUGGAAAGUCUGGUCAAGCUGCGGCUGGACGGGAACGCCCUGGGGGUGCUGCCGGACGCCGUCUUUGCCCCCUUGGGUAACUUGCUCUACCUACAUCUGGAGUCCAACCGGAUCCGUUUUCUGGGCAAGAACGCCUUCGCCCAUCUGGGGAAGCUGCGCUUCCUCAACCUCUCUGCCAACGAGCUGCAGCCCUCCCUACGCCACGCGGCCACCUUCGCACCGCUGCGCUCCCUCUCCACCCUCAUCCUCUCGGCCAACAGCCUGCAGCACCUCGGGCCGCGCGUCUUCCAGCACCUGCCGCGCCUUGGCCUACUCUCGCUCAGGGGCAACCAGCUCACGCACCUCGCGCCCGAGGCUUUUUGGGGGUUGGAGGCCUUGCGCGAGCUGCGCCUGGAGGGCAAUCGGCUGAGCCAGCUGCCCGUGGCGCUGCUGGAGCCUCUGCACAGCCUGGAGGCGCUGGACCUGAGCGGCAAUGAGCUGUCCGCUCUGCACCCCACUAUCUUUGGCCACCUGGGCCGGCUGCGCGAGCUCAGCUUGCGCGACAAUGCGCUCAGUGCCCUCUCCGGGGACAUCUUCGCCUCCAGCCCAGCCCUCUAUCGGUUGGAUCUAGACGGCAACGGCUGGACCUGCGACUGCCGGCUGAGGGACCUGAAGCGCUGGAUGGGUGACUGGCACUCGCAGGGCCGGCUCCUCACCGUCUUCGUGCAGUGUCGCCACCCUCCGGCCCUGCGGGGCAAAUACCUGGAUUACCUGGAUGACCAGCAACUGCAGAACGGGUCUUGCACAGAUCCCUCACCCUCGGUUUCCCCGACUGGCGAGAGUAAGCGGCAUGCCCUACCCACAGCCCCGGGGAAGGAGGUGGCGCCCCCUGCAGGUGCCCUCGCGGAGAAGCCGCCGCCGCAGCCACAGCCACAGCCACAGCAACGGGGUCGAUUUCUGCCAGGGGUGGCCUGGGAUGGGGCCGCCAGGGAGCUUUUGAGUAACCGCAGCGCCCUAAGGCUGAGCCGGCGGGGCCCGGGCCUCCAGCAGCCGAGCUCCAACGCCGCUGCUGCCGCGGGCCCGGCGCCACACCCCCUGGACCUCCUCGAGAAGCCUGAGCGGGAACGUCCGACUCCGUCGGAUCCUACCCACACGGAGCCCACCCCGACGGCCACGCUGGGCUCUGCGCCAGCAGGCGACCCCUGGCAGCGCGCGGCGAAGCAGCACCUGGCUGCGCAGCAGCAGGAGAGCACCGCCCAGUCCGACGGCGGGGUCGGCCUGCCGCCGCUGGUAUCCGACCCGUGUGACUUCAACAAGUUCAUCCUGUGCAACCUGACCGUGGAAGCAGUGGGCGCCAACAGCGCCGCGGUGCGCUGGGCGGUGCGCGAGCACCGCAGUCCCCGGCCGCUGGGCGGCGCGCGCUUCCGCCUACUCUUCGACCGCUUUGGCCAGCAGCCUAAAUUCCACCGUUUCGUCUACCUGCCUGAGCGCAGCGACUCGGCCACGCUUCGCGAGCUGCGGGGAGACACCCCCUACCUGGUGUGCGUGGAGGGCGUGCUAGGCGGCCGGGUUUGCCCGGUGGCUCCCCGGGACCACUGCGCGGGGCUGGUCACCCUGCCGGAGCCUGGGAGCCGGAGCAGCGUCGACUACCAACUGCUGACCUUGGCCCUGCUGGCCGUCAACGCACUGCUGGUACUCCUGGCCUUGGCGGCCUGGGCGUCGCGCUGGCUGCGUAGGAAGCUGCGGGCCAGGCGGAAGGGCGGGGCCCCCGUCCACGUUCGCCACAUGUACUCUACCCGACGGCCCCUGCGCUCCAUGGGCACCGGCGUGUCUGCCGACUUCUCUGGCUUCCAGUCGCACCGGCCGCGCACCACCGUGUGCGCGCUCAGCGAGGCUGACCUCAUCGAGUUCCCGUGCGACCGCUUCAUGGACAGCGGGGGCGGCGGCGCGGGCGGCAGCCUGAGGCGGGAGGACCAUCUCCUGCAGCGAUUUGCCGACUAGAGCCUGGCGAGCUUAACGUAGAGUUCCUGGCUACCUGCUUAUUAAUGAGUGCUGCCAGGCAGCUAUUCAACCUUUCCCACUGAGACACACAUGCCAGACUGUUCACGGCCUUGGAAGAAUAACAGAACUGCUCUACCCUUUCUGCUCAUUUCCUGUCACAGGAGAUGUGAUUUUUCAGUGGU